AUGAGAUCGAUGAUGAUGCUCCCACUGAAGCUGGUGCGUUCUCUGGUUUUGGGGGAAAAUCUCAAAAUCAAGAAUUCCCAAGAACAUGACAUCAUAUUUUCAGAUGAUGAUGAUGAGGACGACGACAGAAACAAUUUCCAUGGAAGAACAACACGAAUCAGGAACAAGAAUGGAGAACCCAAAUCUGGUAAAACACCAUUGUUACUCUUUAUGCCAACAAAUGAAUUAGUAACAGAUACUUACAGAUUAGCUUCGUUGGCGAGAGAUAUUGGAAUGGAUUUGUACCCAAAUCCAUCUCUUUCACACCUAAUCUUCUCAUGGCCGUCUUCAACUUCUUCUUCAAAUGACCCAUCAAUCUGCUCGUCUUCAUAUUCCUCUUGGUUUUGGUCGCUUCCAAACGAUGCAAUUCCCCUUCCGUUUCCAUCUCUUUCCUUUUCCUCUAUUUCUAACCUUCGCUGCUUCGUUGGCCUCUCCAAGGGAUUUUUCAAGUUGGGUUUCUCGAAAUACACUCUUAAUGCCAAAUCCAACCCAUCUGAGAGAAUCGGCUUGCGGAUCAGUAACUGGGACUGUCGGUCGGUUUCUUUGAUUUUUCGUGGAACGGGCAAUCGAGUUGUGACCAUGGAAGGGUUUUGUCUAGCCCUGGCGGGAUCAGGUUGGAGCAUGUACAAGAGCAUGAUAAAUAGUAAUAAUAAUAAUAAUGAUUCAGGCAAGAAAUCUGUAAUCUAUAUGUUCAGAAAAAUGGAUAUGAAUCGGGUUCGAGUUAUGCAGUCAACAAGUGGUGAUGGUGAUAAGGAAGAGAGGAAUAGAGUUAGAGAGUUGAAGCUUCCUUCAAUGGAUUUUAUGAAUGCUCCAUUUAGGAUUUUGCAGUACAUUCUUCUAAUGACUGAUGAUUUGUUCUAUAUAUUGCCUGACUGAUUUGAUUCAUCCAUGAUCUAACUUUUUUGGAUU